AUGAAGACUUUGACUUUAGUGAAUGCCAGCCUAUUGGCCUUUCUUCCAGCUGCUCUGGGACAGGUUGCCCACUGGGGUCAAUGUGGUGGCCAGGGUUGGUCUGGGCCGACAACCUGCGCGUCUGGAUCAUGCUGCGUCGCUUCUAACCAGUGGUACUCUCAAUGUAUUCCCGGUGGUAACUGUGGUGGCGGCGACACGAACCCUCCUCCCAACCCACCGACGAACCCGCCAACAAACCCCCCGACCAACCCACCUAGCACCGGCGACCGAUCUGCCGGCUGCGGCAAAGCUCCCAUAACAUCGGGUUCCAAGACCAUCAACGUGAAUGGCAAGAAUCGCCAGUACAUCCUGCGCGUGCCGAACAACUAUAACAGCGACAAGCCCUACCGCCUAAUCUUUGGCUUCCACUGGCUAGGCGGCAGCAUGGACGACGUAGCCACGGGCCGCACCGUGCAGUCCGGGACGUGGGAAUACUACGGCCUGCGGCGACUCGCCGACGAGAACGCCAUUUUUGUAGCGCCCAACGGCCUCAACGCGGGCUGGGGCAACACCGGCGACGAAGACGUCGCCUUUGUCGACGCCCUCGUCCGCAGCAUCGAGGACGACCUCUGCGUGAAUCCGAACCUGCGCUUCGCCACGGGGUUCAGUUUCGGCGGGGCGAUGAGCUACGCGCUCGCCUGCGGCCGGAGCAAUGUGUUUCGCGCCGUUUCUGUCAUUGCGGGUGGGCCGAUGUCCGGUUGCGAAUCCGGGACGUCUCCAGUCCCCUACCUCGGCAUCCACGGCCUGAGGGACAACGUGCUCCCCAUCGCGACGGGCCGGCAGCUGCGCGACAGGUUCGUGGCCAAUAACGGCUGCACGCCUCAGAACCCUCCCGAGUCGGUCCAGGGCAGCCUCCGUCACGUCAAGACGGUGUACAGCGGCUGCCGUGACGGGUUCCCCGUGAUGUGGAUCGCGUUCGACGGGGGUCACGUCGCGGCCCCUGCCGAUGGAACCGAUGGGGACAAUGGCAGUACGACGUUUGCGCCUGCGGAGACUUGGGAGUUCUUUCAGCAGUUUACUUAG